GAUCGAAUCCUUUCGAUUCUCAAACUCAGACCUCCCAUAUCGCAAGUUCUAGAGGAGAGAGAGAAAGAGAGAGAGAUAGAGAACAAGCAAGAAGAUGCCGAAGAAGAUGGGCGUGAACAGCAAAGCCGAGGAGGCUAGGGCACGGAAGACAGCCACCGAAGCCGAGCGCAAAGAUCGCGAUGCUCGAGAUAAAGAAGACCAGUACUGGCGCGAAGCCGAGGGCUCGAAGUCGCGCGCCGCCAAGAAGCGGGAGGAGGAGGCAGAGAAACGCGCCGAGGCAGCCGCUCGCAAAGCAGAGGCGCGCCGGAUCGCCGAACAGGAGGAGAAGGAGCUCGAGAAAGCUAGCCGCAAGCCCGAUAAGAAAGCGAACCGAGUGUCGAUUCCGGUGCCUAAAGUCACCGAGUCGGAGCUCCAGCGGCAGAGGGAGGCGGAGCAGGCGCAGAUUUUGAAGAGAGCGGAGGAGGCGAAGCGGCGGCAGAGCCGGACUCAGGGAGAAGAGGAGUACGAGAAAAUAGUACUCGUUGCGAAUACGAAUCGCGAUGAUUCGAUAAUUGAGGCAAGGUCGGUUGAGGAUGCGAUUGCGCAGAUGGCGGUUGCGGAUAGUUUGCCGGUCGAUAGGCAUCCCGAGAGGAGACUCAAGGCAUUGUUUAAGGCUUUUGAAGAAGCUGAGCUUCCCAGUCUGAAGGAAGAGAAGCCUGGUCUUACUCACACCCAGUAUAAGGACAUGAUUUGGAAGCUUUGGAAGAAAUCUCCUGACAAUCCUCUGAACCAGGUUGUGGAGUGAUAACUAGCGCAUCUCCAAACACAAUGUAGGCAAAAUUGCUUGGGCUUGACUUGAAAAGGGUGCUACAAUUUCAUGUGUAUUUGGGCAUAUAUAAAUUAUUUGAGGUUUUCGGCUUCUGUAGAAAAUCUGUUUAUGUGGUGUUUUUCAGGCUUUUGAUAAAGCCUGAUUGAAGUAAUAAUGCUUACCUUUCAUCUUUUACCCAAUAAUUUCAGUGCAUCUAUGGUUGUGACGAUUGUGAUUAUCGGGACUUUUUCUUUGAUUAUUGUUGAGUUUGUAAACAACUAAUUGGGAUGAUGCAUUAGCAAAGAAGUUGCAUGAAGCAUGAAGUGGCGGUUCUAUGUGGGCUUCAUCAUGGAACAUUUUAAAGAAUGGUUGAUUUGUGUU